AGGUUUCUCUCUGCUUACUGUACUGCAAGAGAGAGGGAUUGCAAUAUUUAUUUACAUCUAAAUUAACCUUUUUCAUCUAUCCACGAUAAUCUUACCCUCUAGAAAUAAUUUCAUGCUACUAAAGCCACAACUUGUAACCGUUUUUACGAGAAAUCGAAACAUCGUUCGUUACUAGAGAAAUUGCAGCGGCUCAGAUUUAACGAAAUCUGAAUUACGGAAAUGGCAGAAGGUUACGGACGAGACACACCUCCGAUAUAUUCGGGAACUAACGAAGAACCUCGAUCAGCUGGGCAACCUUUAUCCGAUUUUCUACUGCAACUUGAAGAUUAUACUCCGACUGUUCCAGAUGCGAUCAGCGCUCACUAUCUCCAUACAGCUGGUUUCAACACGACUGAUCCAAGAAUUGUCAGGUUAGUUUCCUUAGCGGCUCAAAAGUUCAUCUCUGAAAUAGCUAACGAUGCGUUACAGCACUGUAAGACGAGGGGAGCAAAUCAAAAUACUAAGACGAAAGGAAAAGAUCGCCGCUACACGUUAACAAUGGAAGACCUGACACCAGCUGUUGCUGAAUAUGGCAUAGUGGUCAAGAAGCCGCACUAUUUUGUCUGAUUUAUAAUAAUGAGUCCCUUUAUCAGAGAGAAACUUAAUUCUACACUGUAUCUGAAUGACUUCUCAAAGGUGUGGAUUUCUAAAAAAAUUCUUUCAUGCAGUUUGCUUAAGCUCAAAUGAUUCACUCUUAAAUAGCCGGUUGCACAGAUCUGGAAAGAAGAACGUUUUAUUGUUACUAUUCUUUGUAACAACUUAAAAUCCCUUUGAAUAAACUGUCUUAAAAUA